GCAGAUCCUGGACACACCGCUAUCCUGCGAAUGGAGCCAUGCACCUUUAUCUGCAUCCCGCAAUGCUCGUGCUGUCAUAUACGAGCUAGGGGGAAGUCGUCUGACCCUUUUGUGCCGUCGUAGCUGUGAGUCGGAGUGUCUACCGUAAGAGCCUCAUCGGAAAGCUUGAGAUAAAGCUUCCGGUAAGGCGAGGACAUGGGCAGCAGAAAACCAGUUCAGCUGGAGUCUUCUUGGAAAUUGUAUCCGAGGCGUUCUUGUGCGGAAUCCGUUGUCCCAGAACACUAGCUGCGUACGCGAAACCUGUGGAAAGCAAGUGGCCAUGGCUCCGACCUACAUAUUCCGCAUUGAUGAUAUGGAAGUGGAUGCUCUCGCCUCUCCGGUUACCGAUGCCCAUGGAACCUGGAUGCCACCAACGAGCCCUGGGAGCAACAAGUUGAUGAGUGGAGGAAUAACUGGCAUUUACUGGUGGUGCAACGGCACAGCUAUUGAAAAACUCACAAUCACGGAACCGCCAUCAGGCGCCAUUCAUUUCAAAACUUAUUCAAUUUAUUACAACCACGGGUUCUGGAUCUCGGAUUGCGAUGCGUCUCUAACAAACCAAGCGGCCAACAACUGGCAUAAAUUGACUUUCGAUCACCACGAAACCGAUUACUCGUCCCACUUGACAUUCGCUGGAACACAACAAAUACUGAGGACACAAAGGGAGAACCAGCCAUGGCCUAGCAUGCUCCUUCCCGAUAUCUAUCAUGCACCACGGCCUUGGGCCCAUGAUACCACUGAGUAUGGGGGUUUGACUGGAGAACUGCCAAUUCUUCUUGCCCUGAUUGUCUUCUCGAUCUCCAAAGUUCAUGCGGCAUAUUGCGUCACCCACUGUUUUGCCAAUCAGGAAUUCAAAGUUCACAGCUAUCCGAACGGCAGGGUACCCGAACGAGGAUUAGUCGUUCGAGUCUGGACCUGCCCAUACCAAGGUCGGACGUCAACCAUCAAAGAUCUGGAAGGGUUUGAGAACGGAGAUUACGGGAAAUACUUCAAUUGAGACUCACACUCUCACGCAAAGCUUGCCAAACCGAUUCAAUACGUCCAGCAAUGAUACCGCAGUCAGUUCCCGUCGUCCUCACAAUACGUUACGCCCCCGAACUUCGUUCGAACGGGCACGAGUCUCCUUUCAUGGGGUUCGGAUGCCUUUCUUUUUCAUGAAGUCACGACUUUUUUCUAUAUCAGCACAGAUUCACAGAUCACGUGAUACAGCAACCCAGGUUGCAACCUUUUCCUUUCAAGGAUGCAUCUAUCAACCUUCGUCUCGUUUCUGCUUAUAUGAUUACGUUUUUACUCAAUCGUAUGGUCAUCCGUGUUGAUUCAUCUCAUACGUCUUUAGGUUGUCAUGUCCUUUCGCACAUCAAUGUUCAAGU